UAUAUAAAUUAAUCUCUUUUAAUAAGAAGUUUUAAAUCACUCAACGGAGGAAUACCAGCACAUAUAUUUUGAAAAAUGUUUUACGAUUUUCUAAUAAUAAUUCCUUUACUGUGGACAAUUGCAGAAGGACAAUAUGGAACUAAUUGUUUACUACCCAAUCAUCAAAUUGGCCAAUGUAUGCCUUUGAAAUCUUGUAAAACAACAUAUAGAAUAGUUAAUAAUAUUCUUUAUAAUGGUGGUAGAAUUAGCAAUGCUGAUCGAGAAAAGCUUUGGAGUCUAAAAUGUGGAACUAUGAGAAAUAGUUACUUGGUAUGCUGUGAAGAGUCUGAAAUUCAAUUAAAUCCUCUUGGUAUAAAUUUACUAACAAGUAAUUCUUGCGGAAUAGAAAACAUAAAUAGAGUAUCUUUUGGUAGAGAUGCUAAAUUAUAUGGUUUUCCUUGGAUGGCUUUGUUAAAGUACGAUGAUCCAAUAAAGCCAUUCAAAUGUGGAGGAACUUUAAUAAGUGAUCAAUAUGUUUUAACUGCAGCUCACUGUAUUAAUGAAACCUUAAAACCACUUAUCUGCAUAUACAAUUACAUAUAUUUCAGUAUAGCAGUAAGACUUGGAGAACAUCGUAUUAGCACCGAAAUAGACUGUGAAAACUUGGGAAGAAAAACUAUUUGUUCACAACCCGCCGAAGAUAUUGGCAUUGAAGAAAUUAUAAAACAUGAGAAUUAUUCAAAAAAUUAUGUAUAUCAUGAUAUUGCAUUACUGCGUCUUAAUAGAAAAGUUCGCAUACAACAACACAUUAAAACUAUCUGCUUGCCAAUAUACGACAAUUUGAGAACAAAACAAUAUGAUAAGUAUGUCAUAUCCGGAUGGGGAGCAACAGAAAGAGAUUUGUUAUCCGAUGUUCUUCAGGUUGCAGUUGUAUCAAAUUUAAAUCAGGGAGUAUGUCAAACACAAUUAAGAACGUUUCGUUUUCGCCAGAUUAUAACAAGGGGUCAAAUUUGUGCAGGUGGUGAAAAUUUGACUGACACCUGUAAAGGAGAUUCUGGUGGACCUUUGGGUUUUAAAGACUUUUAUGACGGCAAGCCUAGGUUUAUACAAUUCGGAAUUGUAAGUUCUGGUACUACAGGCUGUGGCCGUAUAAUAUCACCAUCUAUAUAUACAAAUGUCGCGCACUAUAUACAAUGGAUAACGGAUAAUAUGUACUGAAACAUAUAAUAGUGUGCAAUUGAUAAACUUUUAUACAUUUGAAUUUACAUAAAUGUUGAAAUAAAGAAGAUUACCUUUACUAAA